GGUAAAAUGAUGGUCUUUUUGCUUUUCCCAUUCUCCUGCUCGGUACUUCGUCGCGAUCGCGCUCUCGCCGCUUUCUAAACCCUAAUUCCAGCUAUCGAUCUUCCAACUCUGGUGCCGACCUCCAUCUCCUCAGUCAUGUCGCGAGAAACGGCUCCCCGGCCGUCUCGCAGCGGCCGCAGGGCAGCCCGCACAGUGCCGGAGAACUGGGAGCGCCUCGUGCGCGCCACGUUGCAGCGGGAGCAACUUCGAAACGUUGGACAGGUCCCCAGCGGACGUCCCUCGGAGGGGAUAGCCGGAGGCCUCCCCCCGUCUCUCGUAUCCACCAACAUCGACCAUAUUCUGCAGGCCGCUAACGAGAUCGAGGACGACGAUCCCAACGUCGCUAGGAUUCUCUGUGAGCAAGCAUAUACAAUGGCCCAAAAUAUGGACCCUAGCAGUGAGGGAAGGGGUGUUCUACAGUUCAAAACAGGUUUAAUGUCUGUUAUUAAGCAAAAACUUGCUAAAAAAGAUGGAGCAUCAUUUGCUCGUGAACAUGAUAUUGAAUAUUUGUGGGACUUUUACAAACGGUUUAAGAGGCAUCAUCGAGUUGAUGAUAUCCAAAAGGAGCAAGAGAGAUGGCGAGAAUCAGGAACCUUUAGUACAGAGAUAGGAGCUAGAGCUCUUGAAAUGAAAAAGGUUUAUGCAACUUUGAAGGCAUUGCUUGAUGUUUUAGAGGUGCUAGUUGGAGAAUCAGAUACUUCUGAACUUGGUAGACGCAUUAAGGAAGAGGUAAAAAAAAUGGGGAAAUCUGAUGCAACAUUGAGAGCAGAACUUACCCCAUACAAUAUUGUACCUGUUGAUGCACCCUCUCUAACUAAUGCUAUCAGUUUCUUCCCGGAAAUUAAAGCCGCAAUAUCUGCAAUUCGUUACCCUUCAGAAUUUCCUCGGUUUGCUGCUGAUAUUCAAGUUACCCAUAAGAAAACUCUGGACAUGUUUGAUUUGCUAGAGUUUGUUUUUGGUUUUCAGAAAGAUAACAUCCGUAAUCAGCGAGAAAAUAUUAUUCUUGCUUUAGCAAAUGCUCAGGCAAGGCUAGGCUUACCUUCUGAAAUGGAACCAAAAGUUGAUGAGAAGGCUAUAUCUGAAGUAUUUCGCAAAGUUUUGGACAACUACAUUCAGUGGUGUAGAUACUUGCGUUUUCGGGUAGCUUGGAACAGCUUAGAAGCAUUGAAUAAGAACCGGAAAAUCAUUUUGAUUUCUUUAUAUUAUCUAAUAUGGGGUGAAGCUGCUAAUGUCCGUUUUCUUCCUGAAUGCAUUUGCUACAUUUUUCAUAAUAUGGCAAAGGAGUUGGAUGCGAUCCUUGAUUCACAUGAAGCUUCAUCUGCAAAAAGCUGUAUUUGCUCAGAUGGCUCUGUAUCAUACUUGGAACAAGUCAUAUGCCCCAUAUAUAAUAUUCUGAAAGCGGAAGCUGACAGAAACAAUAAUGGAAAAGCUGCUCACUCUGCUUGGAGGAAUUAUGACGAUUUCAAUGAAUUUUUUUGGUCACCUUCUUGCUAUAAUGAGUUGAACUGGCCGCUAAGAAAGGAGUCACCAUUUCUACUAAAGCCAAACAACCAUAAGAGGACAGGAAAAACUGGCUUUGUUGAGCACCGGACAUUUCUGCACUUGUAUCGCAGUUUUCAUCGACUAUGGAUUUUCCUUUUCUUAAUGUUCCAGGUGUUGGCAAUUAUAGCUUUCCAUGAUGGGCACAUCAAUUUGAAUUCCUUUAAAGUAGUACUUAGUGUUGGACCAGCAUAUUUCAUCUUGCUCUUUAUUGAGAGCUGUUUGGAUGUUCUACUCAUGUUUGGGGCAUAUCGUACAUCUAGACGCUUUGCUAUCUCAAGAUUGUUUAUAAGAUUUGUCUUGUUUGGCUGCAGUUCUGCAUUUCUGACAUAUCUUUAUGUGAAAGUUUUAGAUGAAAGAAAUAAAGCAAACUCAGAUUCAACCUACUUCCGCUUAUACAUUCUUGUUUUGGGUGUUUAUGCUGCUGUUCGUUUAAUGUUUGCAACUCUAGUCAAGAUUCCAGCAUGUCAUUCUCUAUCAAAUUUGUCAGACAGAUGGCCUUUCUUCCAGUUCUUCAAAUGGAUUUACCAAGAAAGGUAUUUUGUUGGGCGUAAGCUGUUUGAGAAGCCAAUUGAUUUUGCCCGAUAUGUUUUUUUCUGGCUGGUCAUCCUUACCUGCAAGUUUGUAUUUGCUUAUUAUCUCCAGAUUAAGCCACUAGUUGAGCCUACUAGAGCAAUUGUUGAUAUGACAAAUCUGCGGUACUCUUGGCAUGACCUUGUUUCAAAGGGGAAUCACAAUGCUUUGACUGUCCUUAGUCUUUGGGCACCUAUAUUUGCUAUCUACCUCAUGGAUAUACACAUAUGGUACACCCUAUUAUCUGCCCUUGUUGGUGGCCUGCUGGGUGCAUUAGGUCGUCUUGGGGAGAUACGUUCUCUCGAUAUGUUUCAUAAACGUUUUGAGAGCUUUCCAGAAGCUUUUGCGAAAAUUCUGGUCCCAUCCCAAAAGAAAAGAGUCAUCCCAAGCAGACUUCCUGCUCAGGAAUCAAAUGAUACAGCCAGAGACUUUGCAGCUAAAUUCUCCCCCUUUUGGAAUGAAAUUAUCAAAAGUUUGCGGGAAGAAGACUACAUUAACAAUCGUGAAAUGGAUUUGCUUUCUAUUCCAAGCAAUUCUGGGAGUUGGCGAUUAGUACAAUGGCCUUUGUUUCUUCUCACUAGUAAGAUUCCAUUGGCAAUUGACCUUGCUUUGGAUUGCAAAGAUACACAAGACGAUCUAUGGAACAGAAUUUCAAAGGACAAGUACAUGGCAUAUGCUGUCAAGGAAGUGUUCUACAGUUCAGAAAGGAUUCUCCAUUAUGUAUUUGAUGGUGAAGGAAGAUGGGUGGAAACAUUAUUUCGUGAGCUUAAUAACAGUAUUUCAGAGGGCUCAUUGGUAGUGACCAUAACACUUAAAAAGCUGCAGUUGGUUUUGUCAAGGUUCUCCGCCUUAACUGGGCUGCUUAUAAGAGAUGAGACUCCAGAACUUGCUGCUGGUGCUUCAAGAGCUGCACAGGAAUUAUAUGAUGUUGUUACUCAUGAUCUGCUGACAUCAAAUUUGAGAGAGCAAUUUGACACCUGGCAAAUUUUAGCAAGAGAAAGAAAUCAAGGGCAUUUUUUUUCUAAAAUUUCAUGGCCCAGAGAUGAAGAAUUUACUGUUCAGGUAAAACGGCUGCAUCUACUUUUAACUGUAAAAGAUUCUGCAGCAAAUAUUCCGAAGAACUUAGAAGCUAGAAGGAGACUUCAAUUCUUUGCAAACUCGUUGUUCAUGGACAUGCCUCUUGCUAAACCAGUUUCUGAGAUGAUACCUUUCUGUGUAUUUACUCCGUACUACAGUGAGACAGUCCUCUUCAGCAAAUCAGAAUUAAAAGUUGAAAAUGAAGAUGGGAUCUCGACCCUUUUCUAUCUUCAGAAAAUCUAUCCCGAUGAGUGGGAAAAUUUUCUAGAACGAAUUAAAUCAACUGCUGAUGCUGUUGAAGAUGAUGAUAGCUUGGAGUUACGAUUUUGGGCAUCGUAUCGUGGCCAAACAUUGGCAAGAACAGUGCGUGGUAUGAUGUACUAUAGAAGGGCUCUUGUACUACAAAGUUAUUUAGAAAAGCGCUAUCUUGGAGGAAUUGAAGAUGGUUAUUCUGUUAGUGAUUACAUAAGCACACAGGGAUAUGAGUUGUCUCCUGAAGCAAGGGCCCAAGCAGACAUUAAAUUUACAUAUGUUGUUUCAUGCCAAAUUUAUGGUCAACAGAAACAAAAAGGGGCUCCAGAGGCAGCUGAUAUUUUACUCCUUAUGCAGAGAAACGAGGCUCUACGCAUUGCUUUCAUACAUGUUGAAGAAAAAGUAGCUGCUGACGGACAAGUUACCAAAGAGUUCUACUCAAAGCUUGUGAAAGCUAAUGAUAAUGGACAGGAUCAGGAAAUUUAUUCAGUAAAGCUUCCUGGAGAUCCCAAGCUUGGGGAAGGGAAACCUGAAAACCAGAAUCAUGCCAUAAUAUUCACCCGUGGAGAUGCCAUUCAGACUAUUGACAUGAAUCAGGACAAUUACUUGGAGGAGGCUGUGAAGAUGAGGAAUCUUCUUGAAGAGUUUCAUGGAAAUCAUGGCCUUCGAGCUCCCACCAUCCUUGGUGUGAGAGAGCAUGUCUUUACAGGAAGUGUCUCUUCACUAGCUUGGUUUAUGUCAAACCAAGAAACUAGCUUUGUUACUUUAGGACAACGUGUUUUGGCAUACCCUCUCAAGGUCCGGAUGCACUAUGGACAUCCAGAUGUUUUUGAUAGGAUAUUCCACAUAACUAGAGGUGGUGUAAGCAAGGCAUCUCGUGUAAUCAAUAUCAGUGAAGACAUUUAUGCUGGAUUCAAUUCUACAUUGAGACAGGGGAAUAUCACACACCAUGAAUAUAUUCAGGUUGGAAAAGGAAGAGAUGUUGGGUUGAAUCAAAUUGCACUUUUUGAGGGUAAAGUAGCUGGUGGAAACGGAGAACAAGUACUGAGCAGAGAUGUAUAUCGUCUUGGGCAGCUUUUUGAUUUCUUUAGGAUGUUGUCAUUCUUCUUCACAACUGUUGGCUUUUAUGUUUGUACGAUGAUGACCGUUCUUACUAUUUACAUAUUCUUAUAUGGGAGGGUAUACCUGGCACUGUCUGGGCUAGAUUCUGAAAUCUCGAGGAAGGCAAGAAUUUCAGGCAACACUGCACUUGAUGCUGCUCUGAAUGCUCAGUUCUUGGUUCAAAUUGGUGUUUUCACAGCAGUACCAAUGAUAGUUGGUUUUAUACUGGAAUUUGGGUUAAUGCAGGCUGUCUUCAGCUUUAUUACUAUGCAAUUCCAGCUUUGUGCAGUUUUCUUUACAUUUUCCCUUGGAACAAGAACACACUAUUUUGGUAGAACAAUUCUUCAUGGAGGUGCUAAAUACAAGGCGACUGGUAGAGGCUUUGUUGUCCGUCACAUCAAGUUUGCUGAAAAUUAUAGGCUUUAUUCUAGAAGCCACUUUGUCAAAGCACUUGAAGUUGCACUUCUUCUCAUUGUCUACAUUUCAUAUGGAUAUACUAGAAAUGGUGCAUCCUCUUUCAUUCUUCUAACUAUCAGCAGUUGGAUUCUAGUUAUAUCAUGGCUAUUCGCUCCAUAUAUUUUCAACCCAUCUGGAUUUGAGUGGCAGAAGACUGUUGAGGAUUUUGAUGAUUGGACUGCAUGGCUCCUUUAUAAAGGUGGUGUUGGAAUCAAGGGAGAAUAUAGCUGGGAAUCUUGGUGGGAUGAGGAGCAGAGUCAUAUACAAACACUUAGGGGGAGGAUCUUGGAGACCAUCUUGAGCCUCAGGUUCUUCAUAUUUCAAUAUGGGAUCGUCUACAAGCUGCGUCUCACUGGAUCUGAUACUUCUCUAGCUGUUUAUGGUUUUUCAUGGUUGGUUCUGUUUCUUAUGGUCUUGAUAUUCAAGGUUUUCACUGUUAGUCCAAAGAAGACUGAAAUUCAGCUGAUGAUGCGAUUCACUCAAGGAGUCACUGCCAUAGCACUCAUAGCUGGACUUGUUGUAGUUGUUGCCUUAACAAGACUGACAAUUCCUGACUUGUUUGCCUGUGCCCUUGCAGUUAUACCUACUGGCUGGCUCAUACUAUCUUUGGCGGUUUCAUGGAAGACUUUUAUCAAACGUUUGGGACUAUGGGACUCUCUCCGUGAAAUUGCUCGACUGUAUGAUGCUGGAAUGGGUGCUGUUAUCUUUGUCCCUGUAGCAUUUCUGUCUUGGUUCCCAUUUGUCUCGACUUUCCAAUCUCGUCUUCUAUUCAAUCAAGCAUUCAGCAGAGGGUUGGAAAUCUCCCUCAUCCUUGCAGGGAACAAGGCAAAUGUGCAAGCUUAAACAAGUCUUUCGGUUAUCUACACAGAUUUAGGGGGGCUAUGGCCCCCAAAAGAUCUUCUAAUGUAGCGAGGCAACUGAGUGUGAUAUACAGGAUGUAUUACGAAACCUUUUAAGUUUAGUAUUUAUUUUGUAUUGCAUUUUAUCAUUUA